CCACCGUCCCUUGCUGUCACCUUUCCUACCUCCCUGUGUUGACUGGGGCUGUGCCACUGAGAAAAGCAGAGCUCUGGCAGAGAAGGAGCUGCUUCCCAUCAGCUGUGUGACAGCCAGCCCUCUGUCAUUGGAAAGGCCCCAGGGCCACUUCCCCGAAGUUGGGCAAUGGGUGUCAUGUUGUGGCCCUGUGCUUCCGAAAAUUAGCCUGCAAAGCUUCCUGCCCUCCGGGUAGGGGUCAGGCAUUGCUUUCCUCACCUGUAACCCACUUCCUCUGACGGUGGAUGGGCUGAGAGAGGGGAGGGCUGCGUGGUCAGGCUGGAAUUGGGGCUGGGGGCUGCACCCUGCCCCACAGCCCCCCUGCAGGGCUGGGAUGCUCUGGAGCUGGCACCAAGCAGUGCCCUGGGAAAGCUGAGUGGGUGGCAAAAGGGGUUGGAAUGUCAGCGUUGAUACAGGGGACACAGACACCCCUCUAUCCCGCUUCCCCAAAGUGCUUCCCGUGGGUGCUUCCUCCUUCCAGUACCCCGAACUUGCAUGGAGGGGAUGGAGGGGCACCGUGUGCCUCUGUACCAUCCUCCAUCAGCUGGAGCAGCUUUCCUGUGACGGUGGUUCCACGUUGCACAAUGCAGCUUCCGCUGCUGGGAAAGCACCCUAUAAAACCCCACGUCCCUGGUUCCUCUCUAGUCUACAAAGACAGCUGAGGAGGAGGCAAGCAGAACAGGGCCAGGUAAGCUGUGCUCUUUGAUUUCAUUUAGCAAAGGUUCCUUGGGGGGAGAGGAGAUGAGGUGAAGAGGUUGGGGCUGCGUGAAUGUAGGAAAACUGUUGUUAUCUGGGUGGUAAUGCUGGGGAGCACAGCUGGGGGAUGCUACUGGGAGAUCACGGAUCCUGCUCUGGCUGCUUCUGCUUUAAUUCACGUAAAACAAGCUAAAAUGCCCCAGGAGUUGGACCCAUCAAUUCUCCCAUUUUGGGAUAUUCUGUGAUUAUUCGUGUGACGGUACCACUGCUACCAAUGUCUUUGUUCACACGUGUCCACUCCCAUCUACACAAAUGCCAGGAAGCAGAGCAGCUAUGGGAGAGGUGAGGGCUGUGGGGUGUUGUGUGCCAUGUUAAGGCUGUUCCUUAACAGCUAAGGUGCAGAAGAUCCAUACUGAAUCUGUGAGCAUUGCCCGAGGGUCGCCUCCAGCAGACGCCGCUGUCCCACAUCCCCAUCAGCCAAGCCCUUUGCUGAAAGCAUGGACAUCAUAGAGAAGGUCUUCUCCAUCGCCCAUGCCAUCCACAGCCAGUUUGAGCACGUCAAGUGCUGCAAGCACCAGUGCCAGCGCCUCGUGGAGCGCAUCCACAUCCUGCUGGAGCCCGUGAGGGUCCUGCAGGCUCAGCCAUCUUGGCAGAUCUCCCACCAUGAAGAGCAAAUGCUGACCAAGCUGCUCCAGGCACUGGGGGAAGCCCAGAAGCUGGUGAUAAAAUACAGCCAGACCAGCUGGAUCCAGAAGUUCCUGAGCGCCCGCAGCAGCGGAGAGGAGUUUGUUUGGGUGAACAGGAGCCUGGAGGACAUCGCCCAAGGACUCUCGCUGCUGCUACAAGCAGAGCAGAAGCAGGCGUUGCUGGAGGCCUUCCAGGCAAAGAUCUGUCGCAGGCAAGAUGCUGAGGAUCUGAGGGACGACAAGGCUUUUCUGGACCAGGUUAUUGCAAGUACCAAAGAGCCUGAAGAUGAGGCCUGGCAGAUCCAAAUGGGCAGUCAGUGCAUGGAGAGCAAGGUAGACUGGAUGCAAGGCGAGCUGAACAAAAUCGUGCGUGUGAUGGACAGCUUGAAGAAGGUCAAUGUUGGCAAAAGGGAAGCCAUCACUGAGAUCGAGCGGGACCAGCUCACCUUCCGCAGGCACCUGCAGGACACUGAGCGCUACGACCUCUAUGAGGGAGAGUAUCUCAAGUACCCAGUCGCCAUCAAAACCUUCAAGAGGCCACUGACCACUGACACAGUGAAGGUGAGAGAUAUCUUCGAGAAGGAGAUUCAGACCCUGAAGAAGUUUGAGUCUCCAAACAUUCUGCGCAUGUAUGGGAUCUGCAUUGAGGAGAAAGAUGGGAUCCCCUGCUUCUCCAUCGUCAUGGAGUACUGCAAGCACGGCACACUGCGGGAGGUGCUGACCAAGCAACAGCAUCUCUCCUGGGAAGUCCGCAUUCGGAUGGCCCUGGGAGCUGCCAGGGGCCUUUACAGGUUGCACCAGACGGAGGAGAAGUCCCGACUGCACGGCUGCAUCUGCAGCAGCAAGUUCCUGGUGGCUGGGGAUUACUGUGUGAAGCUGUCAGGAUUUGAGCUUUGUGAAACAGAGUCUUCCAUCAAGAGAAAAGUCAAUAAGAAGAACUUGAGCCAAGUCUGUAUGUUGGCUUACAUUGCCCCCGAGAACCUGAUGGAUGUCUAUUGCCCCUACAAGAGGUCCUGUGAGAUAUACAGCUUUGGGAUCGUGCUGUGGGAGAUUGCAACCUCCAAAAUCCCAUUUGAAGGCUGCUCUCUCCAGGAGAUCAAAGACAAAAUCUGUGACUGCCAGUACCAGGAGCCAGUGGGGAAAGAUUGUCCUGAAGAGCUGGAGAAAGUCAUCAACCAGUGUCGGGCCUUCGAUCCGUUCCAGCGCCCAUCUGCUGAGCAAAUCGUGGACUUGUUGGCUGACCUGGAGAAGAGGAGGAGCUAGCUGCGGAGAGCCCUGGCAGGCCGCCCAGACCGGCCUCCCUGCCUAGCGUCCCCGCGACUGCAAUCAUCGACGUGUCAAUAUAUGUUUAUUUAUUAAAUAAGACUGGAAAAUCUCUGUGUGCCGGCUGCUUUGCGUUCUUCGAGGCCCGCGGGUGGGGCUGAGGGCCGCUGUGCCCCGCUGUCAUGGCAACGCCCCCCCACCGCCUGGAUUUGAAUCCCCUCUCGCUCCCGCUUAUUUCGUCCC